AUGGGUUCUACCGCCGUUGAGUUCAAACCAGAGACGAGGACUCUUCUCCAACUGGUCAAGACACGCCGAACCGUCUACGGUCUUAGCAACACAUGCUCCAUCUCCGGUGAAGCGGUUGAGGCCAUUAUCAAGGACGCCGUGCUCCACGUCCCGUCAUCCUUUAACACUCAGACAACCAGGGUACUUCUCCUGCUCGGUGAAGAGCACCAGAAAUUGUGGGACUUAACCCUUGGCAUUAUGGAAGGCUUAGUUGCUGCGGGGAGUGUUGCGAAGGAGAUGUUUGAAAAUAAUACUAAGCCUAAACUGAAUGGUUUUCGGGGAGCUCAUGGGACUGUCCUGUUUUUCGUGGAAUAUGACGCCCUGGCAGAGAUUAAGAAGAAGUUCCCCACGUACGCAAACAAAUUCGAUCCUUAUGCGCUUGAGUCGAAUGCUAUGUCUCAGUAUUUAGUCUGGACGGCCCUUGCCUCUGAAGGCCUUGGUGCCAAUUUGCAGCACUAUAGUCCCCUCAUUGACACCCCGGUCCAAAAGCAAUGGAACAUCCCCGCAUCGUGGAAGCUUGACGCUCAACUCGUCUUUGGUACGCCGACUGGUCAACCUAUUGAGAAGACCUUUGCUCCUCUGGAGGACCGCUUCAAGGUUUUUGGGAAGUAA